AUGAGCUUGGAUACGGCUAAAAGUGAUUUAUCAACGGAAGCCCAAGUAGUGGGAACUGAACAAAACAAUGAUCAGACUGCUCCUAAUUUUGUUUCAUCCACAGAAACCGAUGAUUCACACAAUGUGCUUGUUUUGAACAAUGGUUCAAGACUGCUCUGCAUUGCGGACCUUCGUGGUGAAUUGAGCCUUAUCAACAAGCUUGCUGAAGAGACUCGUGCUGAUUGUGUUAUCCACACGGGCGAUUUUGGAUUUUUUGAACGAUCCUCUUUACCUAAUAUUUCAGAAAGGACUCUUCGUCAUAUAGUCCAAUUUUCGCCUCUCAUAAAACGUUUGCCUAGAUCAAAAAGUUUUGACCACUAUCCUUCAAACCCUAUAAGUGAUUUAAAAAACAGCAUUGCUUCGCAUCCUGAUUGUCUUCUCUCUGAACUUCCCUAUUUUUUGUCUCAGGAAAGGAAAUUUAUUGUUCCUGUCUAUACUGUAUGGGGUGCCUCUGAAGACGUUCAUGUUUUAGAAAAAUUCGCUACCGGUGAAUACUCUAUCCCUAAUCUAAAUAUCAUUGACGAACUACAUUCCCAUCUUUUACAAAUAGGUGAUUUAAAAAUUCGUCUACUUGGACUUGGUGGUCCUUAUGUUCCUUUUAAACUUUUCGACAACGGUGAGGGAAAGGGUACCAUUGCAGGUGCUCAGGGUACCACAUGGACAACAGUUCUUCAAAUGGGUGAAUUGAUAGAGACCGCUAAGAGCUGUCUUGAUAGGGAAGAAACUCGUGUUUUCAUAACUCACCAUCCUAUUGGUAGAGAAGGUGUGUUCUGUCAACUUGCAACUGUUCUUCAAGCUGAUAUUACUUUGUCCGCUGGUCUACACUUUCGUUAUGGAGCCAGUUAUAACGAGUUUUCCGUGAACCCAAAUCCAGAACAUUAUUUGCAAAAACUUUCUGCUGGCCGUGCUCAAUUCAUGGAGGUUUGGGAAACCGUUAAGUCAGAGGUUGAACGAAUGGUCACUCCUGAUCAACAACAUUUAGUGAAUAACGUUACACGUCUUGUUUCCAGAAUGCCUGAUGCCACCAAUAGUUAUGCCAUGAAUAAUAUGCUUCCUGGAACCGCGUUAAAAAAUCUUUGGAACUUUAAUCUGCUCGACGCCUCUUUUGGGUGGAAUGUUUUAGUUGUGGAAAAUGGCCACGUCCAAGUUGAAAGUAAAUCUUUCGGAUUCAAUUUGGGGUAUCGCCGUUCUGCCGCCCGUAGAAACGAUAAUUAUAAUAGAGUUACCGAGGGAGGUUCUACUGGUGAAAAUUACUACAGACCUCAAAAGUCGGAAGCACAAGCCAGACCAUCCUUUGCAGCGGAAGUGGAGACCGCUGGUAAACAAAAUUCCGAGCCGGUUGUUGAAGAAGCGAAAGCUGCUGUGGAACCAGAUGAACCUUUGAAAAAGGAUGAAGCUCAUCCUGAUCAAAGUCUUCCCAAAGAAACUGUUUAUGAAGAGGAUGAGUCUGUGUCUGCUUCGAAGCUCCCUAGCGAUGCAAAAGAUAUCGAAAAGGGAUUAGCAGACACGACAAUUUCAGAAGAGAGCACCAUCGACGAGAAAGAUGCUGCUGAAAGGAUUCCUGGAGAACAAAGUGGCUCAACUGUAUAUGCGCGGCAGACACCCAAAGGUGACUAUCAAAAGAAUAUGGACCGUGGAUUCCGUCCCAACUAUGGAGAGCGUCAAGAGAGAUUUGGGUUCCAUAUAACACCUUGUAAUACCGAAGAAGAAGCUCGGUCUUUCUUCACUGACGGUGCUGAUCAGCUAAUCACUAAUGUUCAAAUUCGUACCUCCACGAACCGAAACAGAAAUUUACCUCCAAACACGAACGUGACUCCCACAAAUUAUGCUUAUGUUCACUUUGAGAAUCAAGAUGCUGUCAAUAAGGUAGCUGACAAGAUCAAAACCCCCGAUGGCGUGCGUGCCAACGUAAUGCGUGAUGAUUACUACCGUCAAAAUAGAGGUUGGUAUAGGGGUGGCCGAACAGAAGGUCAUUAUUCUAAUAUGCGUACAAACCGUGGACGAGGUGGCCGUGGUGGUCGUUACCCUAGAAUGCAGCAACAUCCUCGUCAAAUGCAAUCUGCUGGAACUUCUGUAGCACCUAACUAUAGCACUGAACAAAGCUCAGCUGAUCAUUAA